AGUAUAAUAAGAAACAGCAAAAAUAAGAGGCAACAAAAAAAGGAAAGUUUAGCAACUUCUUCUCCUUCUCUUCUCUUCUACUUCCUUCAGCUUCUAGUACAGCGAGGAUGCUUGUGAUAAAAUGUAGUUUUGUGGUUAUAUUAAUUCUAAGCAACUAUAAUCGUCAUGUUGUAGCGGAUGAUAUUAAUACUCAAGGACCGAGACUUGUAGCUGAGGGUGACGAUGCUCUUUUGACAUGUGUCAUAAUGGGCGCAUAUCGUAACGACACUGUAAUUUGGCGUAAGGGUCCAACAAAGAUUCUUUCGGCUGGUCUAAAUCGUGUUACGAAUGAUAAAAGAAUUAGUAUAUUGCAUGAUGAUGCCCAGAAAGAUGCCAAUAGAGCACAGACAGACGGUGACGUGUGGGUUUUAUUAAUAAAGAAUGUUAAGCCAGAAGAUAGUGAUGUAUAUGUAUGUGAAGUGAAUAGUGAACCGCCAUUAAAGAGUUUUCAUCCUUUACGUAUAAAAUCAAAGGAUGGAACAUUUCAUGUAAAUCCAUCGAUAACGGAUGAAAAAGAUCCGUCAGACUUAUCACCGCCAAACAUCGAUAGCGACAGUGAAUAUCAUAAUUUUCCACCAUCCGUAACACACGACUAUACAGAAUGCUGUGAGAGCUUUAAUGUCAGCACAAAAUGUUUAGGAUUUUGUUCAAUUCACAAUAUUUUGGAUGGCACUACAGGCAUUGAGCCAGAAGCGUGUGAAAAUGAUUUCACAAAUAUCAUUAAGUGCAUGGCUGACGGCAGAAAUCAUAUGCCGUGCUGUGAGAAGAAAAAGAUACCCGAUUUGUGUCAAGAUAUGUGUAGAGGUGAAUACACUCCAUUUACCGAUUUGUUGAGAUCACGAAUUUCGUGUGCUGCACACACAAUACCUGGCUUAGAAUGUAUUUUGGAAGGAGUUCAAAAAAUUCCAAGCGCACCAAAAGCUGUUUUUGUUGAGCCGAUUAAUGAAAAGUCCCUACAAAUCUCAUGGUUGCAGCCAGAACAUUUGGCAGACACCGUGAAAAACUAUAAAAUAAAUCUCACAAUUUUGCAAUCAUUUGAUGAAGACUAUUUGGCUAAUAAUACGGCAUCAACAAUCAGUGUCACCGUUCCAGCAGAAUUGAAUACGACAACAAUCAACAAUUUACAGCCAUUUACGAUGUAUUCAGUCUUCGUAACGAGCGAAAAUGAAUAUGGCUCGAGCUUACCGAGUACACGUAAGCGUGCAUUAACAUUGAAAAAUGAUAUGGUUAAUGGAGGAAAUAGUAUUGCUGUCAUACCAAAAUUACCAGACGUCAGAGGAUGUUGUAUGUCGCAAGGCAUCACACACCGUUUGUGUCUCGAUAAACUGUGUGAUCCUGUCAACGCAGACUUUACUGAAGUUCCCGAUUUAAUGGUUUGUGCUCCCUGGGCAAAUAUUACAUUCUCGUGUUUAGCAAAUAACAUCGAUCAUACGCCAUGCUGCAAAUCUCGUGGGAUGCCCGAAGUUUGUUUACCGUUUUGUGAUGGAACCGUUAAAACAAUCAACUUUAACUCAUUUAAGUGCCUUCAAUAUAUGUCAGACUAUAGUAGCUGUUUACUACAAGGGUAUGGAGUUUUACCGUCAGCACCAACGAAAUUAAAGGCGUCACUUAUAUCGAGUAAUUAUGCAAUAUUAGAAUGGAAACAUCCAAAAGUUCUAUCCGAUACUGUCAGAACGUAUCACUUAAAUUUGAGAAAACUUGGAAGUGGAGAUGAAUAUACAGUCACAGAGAAGAGCAUCCCGCCAAUUAUCUUGGACAAUUUAGAUGCAAAUUCAAUUUAUGAAGCGUUCAUUGUCGCAGUGAAUGCUCAUGGCAAAUCGUAUCCAUCACCUCGUCUUAUAUUCCAAACAAAGCCAUUAAUUGAAGCAGAUCCAGUGACACCAACUUAUAACAUGACGACAUGUUGCAAGUACUCUGGACUAUUGCCACAAUGCAUGUCACUAUGUUCGUAUGACAUACGUAUGUCAGAUCUCCAAACAUUAGGAAGUGCAUGUAUUGCGUCAAUAGGAGCUGUGGUGAGAUGUGCUGCUGGCGGCAGAGAUCAUUCACAAUGUUGCUCACGUCGUGGUGUAUCAAAUAAAUGUUUACCAAUUUGUAAAGGUGUUUUGUCACAUCCAACUGAAUGCAUUUCAUAUGCUGGUAAUAUAAUACAAUGCCUGGAAGAAGGAACGGGUAAUAUACCAGGACCUGUUGAGAAUUUACAAGCAACUAGUGUCACAAACAAUAGCAUUUCAUUAAGCUGGUCUGCCUUCCACAAUGACACAGAUAAUUCACAAUAUCAGGCUGAUUUGAAAGACUAUCUAGUACAAUAUGGAAAAGUUGAUAACAUGACAAUGUACGAGACAGUAAUUAAGUUAGAUAAUGAAAUUGCCACAACAGAUACUGAAAUUGAAUUAACUAAUUUAGAGGCAAAAACUCUCUAUCGAAUUAUGGUGAUUGCACGUGGAACAUAUGGUAACUCAUUACCAUCAUCAAUGUUGUUGAUAAACACUUCAACCACGGAAAAUGAUGCAAUUAUAUAUGGUGCACCAUCGCCUCCUCAUACCCUCUCCGUAUCAUCUCAUGCUGCAACAUAUAUCACUGUUAAUUGGCAGCCACCAGAAUUCGCUCAUCCACAUGAAAAAAUUUCAUAUCGUCUAUUUCAUCGCAGUGGAAAUAACGUGACAAUAGCCGACACAAAAAUGCUUUGGGCGAGAUUAAAUCGAUUAGCACCAAAUUCGCAACAUAUCUUCUAUAUUGUAGCAAUUGGCUCGAAAGGAACAUCAUUACCCUCAGAGACUUUAGUCAGUUGGACAGAUCCAGCACUGCCGGCAGUUGUUGAUCCACCGACUGUUCACCCAAGUGAUUUUGUAUCGGAAGGAAGUAGCAUGACAAUUUUAUGUUUAGCUUUGGGCAAUCCGGUCCCACAUGUGAAAUUAUACGUUGGUGGGCAUCUUGUUAGAGAAGAAACGACUCGUCAUCUGGUUACAACAGUUCAUAACAUAAGUGUAGAUAUGGAACACGUUAGCUGCUAUGCUGAUAAUGGCUAUGGUGUGCCAAUGCAAACCUCGAAGAAAAUUAGCAUAAAUUUUGCCCCAAAAAUACAAGCAGCUGGAAUAACUGUUGCAUCACUUGGCGAUAAUGUCGAACUAAAAUGCUCGAUAAAAUCUAAACCAAUACCAAAGACAAUGUUUUGGCGAGAUCAUGAUGGUCGCAUUCCAGUCAUACAGUCAGGAAAUUAUGAUAUGACAGUGAUGAAUGACAUCCAUGAUCCGAGCGCUUAUGUGAUGGUUUUGAGAAUCAUGAAAUUGACAAAUGAAGAUGUUGGCGAUUAUUUUUGUCAUGCAGAAAAUGCUCUCGGUAGUGUUACUCGUCCCGUCUCCGUUCGAAUUCGUAAUAGUGCUCCGAUAACAAAUAUCUCCGAGUGUUGUGCUAUACAAAAUGUUUCGAGUGCGUGUUUAGAUGCUUGUUCAUUCUAUCUUGACAUUGAGGCAAUUAUUGACCGUGCUGAAUGUAUUGCGGACUUUGAUAAACUCAUGAAAUGUGCUUCAGAUGGUUCCGAUCAUCGUGGAUGUUGUGCACAAAAAGAUGUACCGCGUAAAUGUUUAAAUUGGUGUCGUGGUGAGCCUGUCAUCAGCGGUGCAGCUGCAUGUGCUAUUCAAUACACGAAAAUAAUUGUUGGAUGUUUCCAAGAAAAUCAUAAUAGACUUCCUGGACCGCCACAAAAUGUCAAUUUACAAAAGAUUUUGGGUGAUGAAGUUACAGUUUCAUGGGAACCGCCAGUUAAGAACCCCACAGUCGUUGAAGGAUAUCGAGUAUUUUGGCACAGUUCCGAUUAUAAUAACAUUAACAAUGACAAUAUUACAAGUAUAGCUUUUAGUGGCUUAGGAACGAGUCGAUUAGAUGCAAAGGAGACGAGCAUUACUAUCUCCGGUUUGCAGCACAAUGUACAUUAUGAACUUGUCGUAAAGGCAGGAAAUCAUUAUGGUGCCAGUGUUCUUUCGGAGCCGCUGAGAUUUACUCUCGAUGAUCACAUUUCGUCACACUCAACGGGCCAUGGAAGUGUCAUGGGUGGAAUAUUUGCUGGUUUAUUAGCUAUUAUAGCUCUUGUUGUAGUUGCUGCCUUCUUAUUUAUAAAAUCGAAAAAGCUCAAGAAUAAAAAUGCAAAUGGUGGCGUUGCCUUUGAGAAUCCAAGUUACUUGAGAGAAACAAAUGUCGAACAAGUUCAUAUUCAAACUAUUUCAACAAAUCGGCAAGAGCCAACAAGUGUGUCAAAUAAUUCAGCACCAGUGAUUGCCACGAGUAGCAUACCAACAGCAAGUGAAGUCAAUCCAACACUCUACGAGGAAUAUGUGAAAUUAGGAAAGGAAAAAGGAUUUAAAAAAUUAGUCUCAUGAGAGACGAAUGUAAAUAAAAAUACGAUUUGUUGAUAGUAUUUUAUAAGACAUGCAGAGAAGGCAACAGAAGAAGAUAAUUAAGUUCUUUUUGUAUAUAAUGAAUAGAAUGAUUUUUUUAAACGAGAAAAGUAUUUAGUGCCGUACAGAUGAAAAAAAAAAUAAAAAUUUAAAAAUGAAUGAGAAUUGUAAAAAAAAUAAUAAAUUUGUUGAAUGAGAACAAAACCCCGUGUUAAUAAAUAAAUAAAUGAAGAUGAAGCAUAAUUAACUCCACAAAAACCAUACAUAGAGUAUAAAAUAAUAACGAAAUCCCAUGAAUAAGGCAGAGUCUAGUCAAAAAAUAAGUGGACAUUAAACAUACAAAAUAAAAGUACAUACUUAUCCAAAAAAAAAAAACAAUACAAUACAAAAAUGAAUGAUACUCUUCCUUAAUACAGGCUCAAAAAAAUGUGACUAAAUGUAAAAAAAUCGAUCAAUAAAAAAAGAUGAUGAACAUUUUAUGAAUCUCUUAGAAACCAAAAAAAUAUUUUUAUGCUACUUCCUU